AUGUUAUCGCAGAACGGAUCUGCAGGGCUUAAAGAAAAAUGCGGCGUUGUUGCUGUAGUGGGUGCGCUCAACGCUAUUGAGCUUGCUUUGCUGGGGCUUCAUGGACUACAACACAGAGGACAUGAAGCGUUCGGUAUUGCAUUUUCCCGUGAUGCCAACAUGUGUGUCGUCCACCGCCAUGGAAGAGUUGACUCGGCUUUAAAUGAUCUUCACAUGCCUCCCGCAGAGAUCGCAGUUGGCCAUGUGAGAUACUCUACAAGUGGAGGUGGUUGUUGUUAG